AUGACCAGAGGAUCUAACACUCCAUUGGUUCCUCCACUUGACGAUCCGGAGUCUGCUUUAAAGAACAAAGGAAAAAUCAUUGGCGAAACCACUUCUUCAAAAAGCUCGCCUUUAAAGAAUUUAAAAUCCGUUUUCAACAAGAAGAAGAGCAGCAAAUCAGGAGCUUCCAGCGCCUCUAUAGCAAUAGAAGACCCGAUUAAAGAAGACACCGAAUACGAAACCGAAGAAGAGGAAGCACUUACAUUCGGACACGACUUUGAUUCCGGCGACGAAUUAGCCAUUAUCAUGGCUAACAUCGAUGAAGUCCCCAUGGGGGAAUGGAAGAAGAAGAUGCGUGACGAUACCGUCCCCGGGCUUGUGCAACCCGCAAUUCCCGCUACUGCUACUUUUGAACUAAAGGGUCACAUACCUGCUCAACUAAAGGAGAUUCCCUUCUACGGAAAAGAUAACGAAGAUGCCUUUAAACACUUGGAUGAAGUCAAUGAUGGUCUCUUUGCUGCUAGAAAAGAUAUGGCUAAAGUCGCGGAGUUAGUAUUAGAUGAGCUACCAGAAAAGAAGGGCGAUCCGGGAAGCAUCUCGAUUCCUUGUCAAUUUGGAAAUAUACUUGCUACUCAAGUAUUGACCAAUUCGGGUGCAAGUAUUAAUCUAAUGCCAUACUCUUUCUUCGAGAAGUUGAAUUUACCAGAGCCAAGGACAAUUAAUAUGAAGAUCCAUCUAGCAGAUAAGACAAUCAUUCGUCUAAGAGGUGUUUGUGAAGAUCUUCUCAUAAAGGUUGACAAAUUUGUAUUCCCCGUGGACUUUGUAGUGCUUGACAUGGAAGAAGACCCCAAAAUUCCAAUUAUUUUGGGGAGACCAUUUUUGAAUACCGCAUGUGCAUUGAUAGAUGUAUGCGAGUCCACACUAACAUUGAGGGUAGGAGAUAAAUCAGUAGUGUUUAAGGCUAUACAAGAGAUUAAGCAAGAAGAAACAAGAAAAGAAGAAGUUUCCUCUAUUGAUUUGGAUGAUGAAUUGCUACAAAAAGAAUUUGCACUCUUAGAAGAAGAAGAUCCUACUAUCUUCUGGGGAAAAUUUUGA